AUGACUGUCGAUUACAAGAGCAACAAUGCCGGGAAAGACCAGCCUACGAUCAUCAAUAUGGGUACGGCGCAGGGUUGGCCUGCACCCAGGAAUAUACCACACUCGGAGCAGUAUGGGAAUACAUACUGGAUCGGUACGUGCUACGAGAGAGCAGAUGCAGCGCUAGAAUGGGAGAUCCAAGACAUGAAAGACAUGCCUUACCUCAAGCACGUAAAGAUGCUUUCCAAGAGUUGGAAAACGUUAAGACACCUUGCAGACUUCAUGGAAGUAGGAACCUCGCCUCUGCAGUGGAAGUAUUUGAAGACAAACCCAGACGAACGAGGAGAGCGCUGCGAGAGAACAAAUAUUACCUUGCUCGAGUACCGUUCUGAGAGCGUGCCAAAGACGACAAGCAUCACGUCGGCCAACGAACUCAAGGACAAGUUGGAAUUUAUCUCAAACGAGCGAUCCGAACCACCGCCCCUUCGGAUGUUUAUUGUCGAAGACCUUUCUCGAGCAGUCAUUGAGCAGCUCGGUUCUCGGUUCGACAUAGAUCCUCUUUUCUUUCGCGAACAGAUUGAGGAUUACGUGUGGCAUAACACGCGUGAUCCUUGGGCAACUCCGCCAAGUCUGACUGCAAGUACGAAGCAGCGAUCGUGGUUUAGGCUGCGUAACCUAAGGCUUCGAUACCAUGAUACAGGCACCUCUUUCCAGAACGCGAAACGAGAGGCCAACAUGUGGAACGUACUGCGGCGUCCAGAUAACGACAACAACCAUUGGCCACACAAAGAUGCGGUGAACAACGGCGAGGAGGAUGUCGUUUCACUCACUCGAACCCGGACAACGAUAUGGAUCGGUCAAGACAAAAAGUGUAGCAACGGAACUGUCGGCAUCGUAUUGUUAGAUCCCACCUUGACAGAUGGGAAGCCCCUAUGGUAUGAUCGCAUGAACUGGCUCCCAACGACAAGUAUGGAACAGGGUCCUCCUCCAGCGCUGGAUUUGUCGCAAUCAUGGUACAAAGACAUUGUCCAGAUGACUACUGCUUUCCCAUGGUCUGAGUCUGCAGCUGGACAUACGGUUGAGUCGCAGGUCCUCACAUUUCCCACCAUAUACACGGUGUGUGCUGAGUGGCUCAUCGUCUGCGAUUAUGUCAAAACACGCUUAAAUCAGAUUGAGUGGGAGGUCGAGUUGCCUACCGUCUUCCGGUCCAAAGGCGACACGAUCGAUGGCUCGUUGAAACGACUUCACACAUGGCGACGUUACAUCCCAAUUUUCCGAGAGAUGGUCAGUGAAACUUUGGAACAGGCACUUCCAGUCGCUGUGCGGCUCACCACAGCUUCGAGUACUCAAAUACCACCACUAGAGGCUUUCGACAGCAUCAAGCCUGACUUUGAACGUAUUCUCAAGAUACUGGAAGAACUUCAAGCCCGCAUCGACCGUCUAACUGACUUGGUUACCUCCGAGAUCUCCAUCGAAGAUUCCAAGUUCAACUAUGUACACAACUCUAUCCUGGGGCGACUGACGUGGCUGGCAACCAUCUUCGUUCCGCUGAGUUUUGUCUCUGCGUUCUUCAGCAUGAACGAGGACGUGAGUGCAUUGAAAAAUACAUACGGGUGGUUUUUCCUGACUGCGAUCCCGUUUGCGACGUGUGUGAUCCUCUUCGCAUACUUGGCAGCCAACGACUUUUUCCAUUUACCAAUGUUAAAACGCAUGAGAACAAAGACGGUGAAGCUGUCGUAG